AUGGAGACUGUUGCUGAUGAUUUUAUCAACGUCAAUUUUGGUACCUCGAAUGCGAAGGUUAGGCUCGAUUUCAAGUUCGGCACUGCACCCAAACGGUUGGCUCCCGCAGAGACAUCAACCACCCCAAAAAUUCGUCAAAGGUUUGGACGCCUGGUUCGAAGUGGCGCAAGAAAAACAGCAGACACUCUGAGCCACGGUACGAAGGAGACAUUCCACCCGUUCAGUAUCUAUCGAAUGUCUGGCGCAUCUGCCCUGGCUGUUCUUUCUGGACUGUACGAUCAGCGCGAACUUUUCCGAGAGGCUGUAUUUCGCGCAGACACUGACUUGGAGAAAAUCGACUCCAUCACUCGUCGUCCAUUUUUCAAUCAUGAAGCUUUGAGGCACGUGGUGGAAGAAGCCGCAAUCAGAGGCGUCCUAGCCCAAAUCCCGCCAGGUAAUCAUCCAGCAGGCUCGGCACUGAAAGGAGCACACCGACUGAUUGGUCUUUGGUUGGAUUGCGCGAAUAAUAACAGAGGGCCAUUUCGUACGACUGCCCAAGAUUUGUUCUUUGAAUUAAACAACAUCGGUCCGGGUGCAGUUCCUCCUUGUCUUUGUCUAUCUGGUGUGAUACGGUUUGGUAAGGAUGCAAAGAGAAAGGAUACGAAGAGCAAGAAGCAUCUAUCGAUCGCUAUCAGCGUUCUGGGUGCUGCGGUGUCAGGGAUACCUGUGCCUGCUGUGGGUGUUAUUGGUGGUGUUCUAGGUGCAUUGGCAGAUCCUAUUGCCGACAAGGUCUUCAACUCAGAGAACAUCACCCCAGAAAUGCUUGCUCUCCAAGCAACUAUCGAAGAUGAAGUGGUUGCCAACCCGGGGCUAAUCAUUGCCACAGAGUAUGUUUAUCAGCUAAGCAAAACGGUGAUUCAUUGUGGCUGUUCAUCUUAA